UCCUUGAACCAACUUUUAACGUUCUAAUGCCGCACUAUGACAAGGGGAGUAGUUUUUCUCGUCUGUAUUCCAACCUCUAGUCACGAGCACGAGUUGAUUUACGGUGUUCCUAUCGAACGGGGAAAACCUAUUAAUCCGAAACAGUGCAGUACCCUGUCACAACCAAAACUUGACCUGGAUCUAAGGCACAAGAAAAGUCCCAAGGAUCUUCCGUCAUUAAUCAGUAAAUCGAGAGCUGAUGUACAUGGUGAAGCCAUCAGGAAUACCUCUGAAAAUGAGUUCAUUUCAAUGGAAACGGUUUUAGACGAGCUUUUGAAACGACUGAAAGUAGAACACGUCGUUUGGUGCAAGGAUAAAGGAAAUUUGUAUUACGAGGUUAUUUUUCCCAUUCCAUCUGGUGAUCCUUGCGAAAAUUGUUUGCAUUCUUUGACUGAGCUUGGGAUUGGAGUGAAGAUGAAUUCCAUAGUAAGCGUUAUACCUACCCAGUGCACUUACAAUGGAAUGGGAAAUAUGCUGGCGACAAAGGAAGUCACGAAAAAAUAUUUUGAGGACAAGAACGCGUGGAAGGCUUUCGUGGAAUCCAUACGGUCAAAGUUGACUGUACAACAAGUUGUCGACGGUGUUCAAAGCGGUGGAGAUCUAACGUUUGACUAUAUUCUCCUCGUUUUAACAGCUGAUUGUCUUGCUGGUCUCGGCCUGGUAGAAAAUAGUGCUACAAAUGUUGUGGCGGCAAUGCUGGUCUCACCAUUGAUGGGUCCCGUGAUGUCCUUAACUUUCGGGACAAUAAUAGCCGACAGACACUUGCAGAGCAUUGGCUUGAAAAGCUUAAUGGUCGGUAUAUUCGUGUCCAUAGUAUACGGUUUUAUAUUUGGUCUUGUUCUGGGAACAACCGAGAUGCCAUGGGGGUAUGGCGACUGGCCAACCGACGAGAUGAAAAGCAGAGGCAACUACAGAUCUCUGUGGAUGGGUGUACUAUGGGCGUUACCAUCAGGUACUGGGGUUGCUGUAGCUCUUCUCCAAGGCAGCAACGGACCUUUGAUCGGUGUUGCCAUUUCUGCCUCCUUGUUACCGCCGGUUGUCAAUUGCGGACUUUUUUGGGCACUAGGAUGCAUAUGGCUGAUAUACAAGCCAGUUAAGAUGCCGCACAUGAAGGGGGAGUCGUACACCGACUUCAACUCUUCCUAUGCCUACGUCUACACGGAGUAUCUGCCGUUGGAAUUCUUCUGCAAUGGGAUAAUUAGCGCUUGUCUGACCUUCGUCAACGUUAUAUGCAUCUUCAUCACUGCAAUUAUUGUCUUGAAGAUCAAAGAAGUUGCUGCGCCUUACACAUCGACGCCCGAAUUGCGCAGGUUCUGGGAACAUGAUAUCCGACUUGUCCGUGGUGAAAAUAUUUCUCGGGAUACAAAUAAUUAUUCAUCGCUGAAUUCAAGUUACUACGAUGGUUUUAGCACUACGAAGCAACGCUCCUUGGAACAUGCUCUAACUGAAGCAGUUCAAGAAGCUAUGGACGACAAAACAUUCCGAAAUGUCCAACGCUUCAGCUAUGGGCAAUACGCACCUGAAGAAGUGACUCAAAAACUUGGAGCUUACGGCCCGUCAGGGAGUGGUCAGCAGACAUCGGCUAUUGGGAAUAAUGGUAGUCUAACGGAGGACCUAGCUGCGUUGGAUAAGCUGAUUACUCUGUUACUCGGACAGUCGAAUGCCACGUCGGGAAACAAACAUGGCUCGAGAUCGGAAUCGUGGAGACAUUCGCAAAAUUCGAACCGGAUCAGAAUGAGCGCUCGUUCUGGUUAUCAACCCCUGCAAGCACAGGCGACUUUGAAUUCCGUUACUCACACAACUCGUAUGUAGAUAGAUUCAUGCUUGUACGUCCUGAUAUAAUUAUAACUUCCGAAGGCCUUGAAAGGUAACACCGUGCAGAACUUUAGCACAUGUUCUC